CGCUGCCAGAUCUGGCCGACCCUUGAGCAGUGAAACGAAGCAAAACAUUUUCAAAUAGUAAACCUAUUCGACAUAGAGCAGAGCUGAGAAGGAGCAAAAUUAAAAUGGAAUUUGGGCGCGACAACUAUCAGGACUUUUUUGAGAAACUGCACAGCACUGAGGGCCCCCGUAACCUGCGCCAGAUUUUCGAGGACGAUGACAAGCCGCUGCAAAACGAAACCAGCAACUUGCGCUAUCAACCGCAGUCAACCAACAAGCAGCAGCAACAGCAGCAACAACAUCAACAGCAGCAGCAGCAGCAGCAGCAACAGCAGCAGCAGCUGAAGCCCAAAACAAAAAUACAUUCCUCUGUGCCGCGCAAUAAGCAGGAACUGAUGACCGUCGAGAGCUGGAAUACUGUUGUGGCUAAAGUGGCGCAGGGCUACAAUGGCAGUGAUAAUGUAGGACGUGUGGGCGUGGCGCUGUCACGAAAUGGCGCCGGCGCCGCCAAGCUGGUUGUCUACAAGAGCCGCACCCAGCUGUUGAGCACCCUGCUGCUGACAAAAUCGACACAGUCGUCGUCGCCCCGUGCCGGUCCAUCGAAUGUGAUACUGCGUGAAUCGUAUAUGCAGUUCUACGAUGAUGAGCAGCGCUUCUGGAGUCUGCGCUUUGAGCUGGCCAAGGAUGAGGAGGAGUUCACCGAUGCACUGAUCAAGCUGGGUCUGCCCAUCGAGGAGAUGCGUACCGAGGCGCAGGCCAGCAAAGCGAAUGCCAGCACGCCGCCGCCAACAUCGAGCACACUGCCACAGCCGUUGCCGCGUCACCAAAUCUCGGUGACAUCCACAGCUGAAACGACCACAGUGCCAUCCAGUUACGACAGCGAAAGCGAGUCGACACAGUCCAACGAGGACAUCAUUACCACACAUCGCGCGCGUCCAGCCAACAAUUCGUUAAUGCCGCUGGCAGCCAGCAGCAGUGCCGUAUCGCUGGCCAUAACGCCCCAGAAUAUAUUGACCGCCUCGCCCACCAGCAAGCUGGAGGUCUAUCUCGAUGAGCAGCGUGCCACUGGGCAUGCCAUGGACAAGAAGAUGGACACCAUAUUGCAGGCAAUGUGCCGUCUGGCCAGCAGCAGCAAUGUACCGUUCAAUGACGGCGGCGACUCCAACUCAGUCUGUGUCACGGCCGACCCAAAUGAGUCCAAGAAAAUGGACACCAUAUUGCAGGCGAUGAGUCGAUUGGCCAACAAUAACAGUAUACAACAGUUCAGCGACAGUAUGGACACAACGCGCGGCGUCACCGAUAACGAGGAUGAGCUGCUUGAACUCGAGCAAAAGCUGCUUGACUUCAAAAAGGAGAAUCGUUCGCUUAUGAAGAGCCUCAAGGCCAAGGAGCAGGCACUCGCCGAUCUGCGCGCCUCCACCUGUGCCCUCUGCGAGGAGCUGCUCGCCCAAAACAAUGAACUGAAGCUGCAGAAUGCAGCGCUACUAGCGGCCAUGUCGAACCAGGGCAACGCUGCCGUCACAGCCGUGGCCAACGUUGCGCCCAAUCCUCCAUUCGCUGCCGGCAAUUGCGGCAAUUGUGAGCAGUAUUUGACCAAGAUUUCUGGACUGGAGCGCCGCCUGUCCGCCCUGCAGACCGCUCUGCUCAAUUAUACGACCAGCGGCAGCAAUUUACCAGCUAAUAUAUCGACUGCUCCGACAGCUGCCUCCUCGCCGCUCUAAAAGAUUAGGCAUUGUUAUUUUGAUCAAUGACUUUUCGUGUAUUAUAUUUGUAUCUAUUUAU